AUGGCCUGUUGGUGGUACUCCUCUUCUACCUCCUCCUGCUGGUGGUACUCCCCUUCUACCUCCUCCUGCUGGUGGUACUCUCCUUCUACCUCCUGCUGCUGGUGGUACUCCCCUUCUACCUCCCCCUGCUGGUGGUACUCCACUUCUACCUCCUGCUGCUGGUGGUACUCCCCUUCUACCUCCUCCUGCUGGUGGUACUCUCCUUCUACCUCCUGCUGCUGGUGGUACUCCCCUUCUACCUCCCCCUGCUGGUGGUACUCCUCUUCUACCUCCUCUUCUACGGCCUGUUGGUGGUACUCCUCUUCUACCUCCUCCUGCUGGUGGUACUCCCCUUCUACCUCCCCCUGCUGGUGGUACUCCACUUCUACCUCCUCCUGCUGGUGGUACUCCCCUUCUACCUCCUCCUGCUGGUGGUACUCUCCUUCUACCUCCUGCUGCUGGUGGUACUCCCCUUCUACCUCCCCCUGCUGGUGGUACUCCACUUCUACCUCCUGCUGCUGGUGGUACUCCACUUCUACCUCCUGCUGCUGGUGGUACUCCCCUUCUACCUCCUCCUGCUGGUGGUACUCUCCUUCUACCUCGUGCUGCUGGUGGUACUCCCCUUCUACCUCCCCCUGCUGGUGGUACUCCCCUUCUACCUCCCCCUGCUGGUGGUACUCCACUUCUACCUCCUGCUGCUGGUGGUACUCCCCUUCUACCUCC